ACGGAAAUCUGCAGCAGCAAUUCUUUCUAGAAUCCUGUGGCAGUCUCCAGCCCGCUCACUUUAGGGAGGUUCAGCUGAGUUGGUCUUCAUCAAAUAUAGCGAGCAACUCCUCUUAAAACACAAGUACGCAUUUCUGCGCAGUCCGGCGAUAUUGCGGUAUAUCCUCUUUUGAAUCAAAGUUCUUGUUAGCUUCUCUUAGCUCACGAACUUAGCUGAAGCUUAUUGUAAGCUAACGCUGUUAGCUCUGGGGUCUUGGUGUCAGGAUGUCCAGGAUAGAUUACAGCGUGUGGGACCACAUUGAGGUGUCGGACGAUGAAGAUGACACCCAUCCAAACAUCGACACACCCAGCCUCUUCAGAUGGAGACACCAGGCACGUGUGGAGCGAAUGGAAGAAUAUCAGAAGAAAGGUGAAGACCUAAGCAAGGCAUUGUCAGAGUGUCGACGCAAGCUGGCAGACACACAGAAGAAAAUACAAGAGUUGACCAUUUCAGCAUCCGGUGAUGCCAAAACAGAUCUGAACAAAGUCCAGGCCGAGGAGAAGAAACUGAAAAAAGAGGAACGGGAAUGGGUGAAGAAGUUGGAGGACCACAACCGGGAGGAGAAGAAGAUGCCAUGGAACGUGGACACGCUCAGCAAGGAUGGGUUCAGCAAGAGUAUUGUUAAUGUCAAACCUGAAACUACUGAAGAGACUGAAGAAGAGAAGGAGCAAAAGCACAAAACAUUUGUGGAGAAAUAUGAGAAGCAGAUCAAACAUUUCGGCAUGUUGCGACGUUGGGAUGACAGUCAGAAGUACCUCUCGGACCAUCCUCAUCUAGUAUGUGAAGAGACCGCCAACUACCUGGUCAUCAUGUGCAUCGACCUUGAAGUUGAGGAGAAACAUGCACUGAUGGAGCAGGUGGCUCAUCAGACCAUCGUCAUGCAGUUCAUUCUGGAGCUGGCCAAAAGCCUCAAAGUUGACCCCCGUGGAUGCUUUCGUCAGUUUUUUGCAAAGAUUAAGACAGCAGAUCAGCAAUACCAGGAAGCUUUCAACGACGAGCUGGAGUCAUUCAAGGAACGGGUUCGGGGCAGGGCGAAGAUCCGGAUAGAAAAGGCUAUGAAGGAAUACGAGGAAGAGGAGCGACAGAAGCGCCUUGGACCUGGAGGACUCGAUCCCGUUGAAGUGUAUGAGUCACUUCCCCCUGAGAUGCAGAAAUGCUUUGAUGAGAAGGACAUCCAAAUGUUGCAAGAUGUUAUUAGUAAAAUGGAUCCAACGGAGGCAAAGACUCACAUGAAGAGGUGCAUAGAGUCUGGGCUCUGGGUCCCAAACGCCAAGGAAGGGGAAGAAAAAGGAGAUGACAAAGAGGAAGAGCCCACCUAUGAAGAGAUCAAACAGGAGCAGGAAGAAGCCAAGAAGAAAUGACCACAUUUGAAUUGUCAUUCAUUGUUUUGGUUUUUUUUGUUUUCAAGAUGUACUUACCCCACUGUAUUGCAACUUCACUAUGUGUAUGAUUAGUUUGCCAACCAAUGAAAUAACUUCUAAAAAUGUUUUUAGCUGCAAUUUAAGGGAGUAGUGUUCACCUAACUCCACAACUGCGUUACAUCAGUAACUCCUGCUUGGAAAAGAAACUGCCGCUUGUGUGUGUGUCUCAUUUGUUUGGAUGCCGCCGAAGAAUUGUUCUUUGACUUAUGUGUAUAAACCUUUAAAGUCGUGCGGGUACGUAUGUGCACACGUACCUGCCUGCUUCAUUUGUUUGGGUGCAUAGUCAUGAGUAUUUUGUAAUUUCCAAAUUUCAAUUUUUGUUUGGCAUUUAGGACUUAAGCAGCCGAUGUGUUAAGAUCGUUAUUUUCCCAAAUUACAUUUUCUGCAAACUUGCUUAACUAAAUGUUCUCUCCUGGAGACACAGUGUUUGUGGUAAUUUUUGAAUGUAUGGGUGAGGACAGACACGUGAGUCAUAAGCAAAUGAGAGCUAUAGUGGUGUUAACCCUAAUCCUGUUUGCAGUAGUUGACAUUUACACCACAUAGUGGUAUAGCAGGCAAGUUGGUGACCAUGUUGUCACCUUUGGUACAUCACGGUUUACUUUACAAGAUGAUGACAGCCAUGACUUUAAAAUGCAAAGCCUUUCAUUUCAGGCCUGACGUUAACACUUGCUACACUUAACACAGUGACAAAAUUACAGCAUAAUGAUACACAAUUAAAUGAGCAGUUCCUAAGGUUGAGGAUUGUAGGUUUUGGGGGGAAUUUUGCAACUUAUAUGGGUUCUAACAAGUUCCUGAAACCUGACAUUGUCCUGCAUAAGGGAAUGUGAUACUGUGCUUAACCGCCAGAUGGGUGUGGCCAGAACAUUUACGUUCACGUUUUGUGCUUUUAUUUUGAAGGGGGAUAGUUCUUGGGCUUGUGCAUGAUGUCAGAGCUUAUGUUUUACAAAUAAAAAUUGAAACAGCUUA